CCGAAGUCCAACUUUACCAUCGCAUUGUUAUCACGACACCCCCACAACGAAAUUCCCCUUGGAAAUCCAGUUCAUGGCCAUCAAGCGCACCCUAGACAGCACUGCCGACUUUGCGGCGCCAACCCUCCAUGGUGGUACCUCGCCUGCGCCUGCGCAAUAUGCGCUGUUCUCACCCACCCAUGCCGCCGGUGGCGAGGGUGGCGGUACCCACAUCAAUGCCAAGCGCCUCCGCGCUCCAGACGUGCAUGGCUUCAGCGCCAGCGAAAUGAAAGACGUGAGUGCAAUCUCGCAGUGGAUUCGUCACGUGUUUGAAUAGACGACCUUUUAUAUUUAUAUACACAACUACGAUCUUUAUAUCCAAUCGCGCGACGCAAGACAUUCGUUGGUUAAUUGUGGGCCAGAGGAAUCACCAGCAAGUCAAUGUCCUCGAUCAGGCGGCGACGCUCGAUGAUGUACUCGACGGCCAACUUGGCGGCUUUUCGAAGCGCGAGGCCGCGUGUGUUGUACAAGGACGACUUGGUCUGUAGGAACUUGGAGAUCACGUUCGCGUCAAUGUCCGAGUGGUUGGUCGACCGCAGCGCUUCGAUCGUCGCCAGAAGCCCCUCCGUGUUGGUCACGCGCUUCCACAUCAACCGCUGCCGAUCCGUGAACAGCUGAUAGCAUGCUUCGCAGGCCUGGCCACGGUCGGGGCGUCGGUUAAGGACCAGUUCCUUGGCGCAGUACCGAGAAUGCACCUGAAACCACUUCUUGACGUCGUCGUAGUGAAUUGAGAACACCGGCGAUGGAAUGUAAAACAUUUGGAACGCACGGAGAUGCCUCUGGACAAGGGUGGCCUUGUCAAAUGGAAUGGCGCCGGGGCAUGUGCCGACCAAGUCGACACUUAACGUUGAGUUGAGUUCGGUCUUGAGCUUCUUCUUGCGACUGAUCGACUUGGCAAUCGGUGCGUCCUCGUCGGCUUCAGUGCCGUCAGCCCUUUUCUUUCGGCGCUUGAUGCCAGACGACGGAAGGAGAGGAAGUGGUGGGUCGCCGGGCUUUCGAUGUGCCAUGUUGCGCACUUUGUGACGAUCCCAUGCCGCAGUCCGAUACGGUCCAUUCAUGCGCACAAUUCGAGAACCUUCCCGGGCCUUGUCCAUCUCGCUGCAGAUCUUGCAGACCACGUACUCGCCGUUGACGUCGAGCGACAAGAUGUCUGGGUCGGUCACGAUACUCUCGGGCCAUUGUUUAGUGUUGGACACGGCCAAGAGCGCCUGCAUCGUCUGCAUGACGACAGACUGCUACGUGUGUUACC